AUGAGGGCUGGUGGAGGAGUCCUUUGUCUCCCAGCCCUGGGCGGACAAAGGGGCUUCCGGAAAGAGAGAAAGAGGAUGGCCAGUGGAAAUGGGCUCCCUCCAUCCUCAGCCCUGGUGGCCAAGCGUCCCUCCGCCCUGGGGCCAUUCCCCAGAUAUGUCUGGAUCCACCAGGACACACCCCAGGAUAGCCUAGACAAGAUUUGCCAUGACAUCUGGAAGAGAGUUCAGGGCUUGCCUGAGUCCCUGCAGCCCAGGACCUCUCUGGAGAAGCUCUCUGCCCCGGUGACAGCCGCUGUCAGCUUCCAAGACGAAGCUUUGGAACUGAGCGGUGGCAAGGAUGAGAUCUCCCUGCUGGUGGAGCAAGAGUUCUUGAGCCUCACUAAAGAACAUCUCAUCUUGGUCCAAGAGGGCUCUGGGGAGCUGGCAACACCUAUCGUUACUCCCCAGGGGACCCGGGAGCUGGCUCCCUGCUUUCUUGUGCCUCCUCUUGGGGCAGACAGCACCGAGUAUGCAGGAUCCUCCAUAAUGGCUGGUGACAAACUUCGGGAGCAGAAGCUGUCCAUGCCCAUCAUCGGCAGCAGGCAGGACUCUGAUUCUGCCAUGUCUACAGUCACCGGCAUCCUGCGAGCGGCCAAGGUCAAGAGUGUGAAGGGGACUAAAGACAAAAGUCAUAGCCUGGGUGCCUCUAAUUCAGAGAUCAGCAAGCUCCUGGCCCAGUUCCCACUGAAGUCAACUGAAAUGUCCAAGGCCCCAGACAACAAGAUGGUGCUGGAAGAGACCAAGGUCAUUAAGGACUUCCUGCAGAAUAGCAUGUUCAAUGGCUCCGGACCCCGGGAGUCCAUGGGGCUGGGCCCAUUCCUGCUGCUGCCACCCCCACCUCCUCCCGCAGUCCCCGACAAACUCCCCGAGUUCUCUCCUCCGAAGAGGCAGCUCCCAGUGUUUGCCAAGAUCUGCUCCAAGACUGAGGCUGACCCAGCUCUUGAGGGCCACCACUGGAUUGAACGAAGUCCUGGCACAAAAGAGUUUACCAAAAGUCGAGAGAGCCUCUUUCUCAACCAGUGGCCCCAGAACCGGAAGGACACCUGUGGUGAGGAGGGUCACAGUGACCCAAUGGGUACCAUCUCCAUGACUCUGCCAACCAAGAAGCCCGUGUGGCCAGCAGAGAAAAACCUGCUCUAUGAGUUCUUUGGGGCCACCAAGAAUCCCACUGGGCAGCUGAGGCUUCGAACCAAAGUGGAUAUGGACGGACUGGAUCUGAAAUUUAACUCCCCUACAACGGUGCCUGAAAAGAACAUUAAGUAUGCCGGGAAUGUUUUCGCCCCUCGCUUCACCACAGCCUUGACCUCGACCACCCUGAACCAGCCUCUCUGGCUCAAUCUGAACUGUCCACCUCCACCGGUGUUUUCCAGCCACUCUACCUUCCCACAGUAUCAGGGCCUGUACCCACAGCGGUCAACAAGGAUGCCCUACCAGCAGCCCAUACACCCACCACUGGGGUGCUACUCCAGACAGGUGACACCGUACAACCCACAACAGAUGGGACAGCAGAUUUUCCGCUCUUCCUACACCCUGAUGAGCUACAUCCCCUUCGUCCAGCCCAACUAUCCAUAUCCUCAGAGGACCCCCCAGAAGCUGCCUGCCAAUCCCAGAGACCCUCCCCCGAUGGCAGGAGAUGGGCCUCCUUACCUCUUCCCCCAGGGAUAUGGGUUCAACUCUGCGCCCAGCGGCCCCCUGAUGAACAGCGCCUAUUUUUCCUCCAGUGGGAAUGGUAUACGCUUUUAGACUUCUCUCUCUCUCUCCCCUCCACCUCUCUUUGCCCUUGGAUCAGGGCUAAAGGUUCUGGAAUUCUGGAUUCUGCAACAGCUUGGUGUGAAGUUUGGAAAGCCAAGGUUCCAACCAGGUGGCCGACAGAAAACAGCAAGACCAGAUUCCUCCACUGGCCAACACUCACCUGCAUAGCGCCCCCCUCACAUGUAGUGCACACCACAGACGCACCCCCCAUUUGUAAGACCACACAGGCACCUGUAUUUAGCUAACAUGACUGGUUUUUGUUUUUGUUGUUGUUGGUAAGAUAGAAAGUAAGACACUUAAUUUAGAACGUUUGUAUGUUAUGGUAAAACUAUGAGCUGCUUGAA